AUGGAUUCAUCUGUAGAAGAACUUUAUUGUCCUGUUUGCUAUGAAACCUUCAAGGCUCCUGUUAUUUUAUCAUGUAGUCAUAGUUUCUGUAAAGAGUGUCUUCAACAGUUCUGGAAAAUAAAGAAAACUCAGGAGUGUCCUGUCUGCAGGAGAAGAUCCUCAAGAGAUGACCCUCCGUGUAACCUUGUGUUAAAAAACUUGUGUGAGUCGAUCCUGAAGGAAAGAUAUCAGACUAAGAGAUGUUUAUCAGGGACUGAAGAGGACUGUAGCUUACAUGGUGAGAAACUUAAACUCUUCUGUCUGGAGGACAAAGAGCCUGCGUGUGUAGUGUGCUUUACUUCCCAGAAACACAUUAAUCACACAGUCAGACCCAUGGGUGAAGUGGUCUCAUCAUAUAAGGAUGAGCUCAAUACAGGACUCAAGUCCUUACGAAUGAAGCUUAUACACAGAGAGAAUGAUAAAGAAGAGUGUGUAAAGACACUUCAGCAAAUCAAGUCUCAAGCUAAGCACACAGAGCAUCAGAUUGAACAGCAGUUUGAGAAGCUUCAUCAGUUUCUCAGAGAUGAAGAAGAAGCUACAAUCACUGCACUGAGAGAGGAAGAGGAGCAGAAGAAGCAGAUAAUAAAGAAGAAGCUAGAAGAGAUGAACAUACACAUCUCUGCCCUUUCACACACAAUCAAAGACAUGGAAGAGAUGAUGAAAGCCAGUGAUGUCUGCUUUCUAAAGGAUUUUCCAGUCUCAAUGGAAAGAGUCCAGAUCUCAUUACAGCCAGAUCCACAGACGCCUUCUGGAGCUUUAAUUAAUGUGCCAUGUUACUUGGGCAACCUGCUGUUUAGAGUCUGGAAGAAGAUGCAGGGCAUUGUUCAAAACACCCCUGUGAUUCUGGAUCCAAACACUGCUCAUCCAUGGCACAUCCUUUCUGCUGAUCUGACUAGUGUGAGAGGCAGCUGGAACUGUCAACCACUUCCUGAUAAUACAGAGAGAUUUGACAUCUAUCCAUGUGUUCUGGGUUCAGAAGGUUUUAACUCAGGAGCACACUGCUGGGACAUUGAGGUUAAUGAGUGUCCAUACUGGUGUCUUGGAAUAACUAAUGCAUCAAACCAAAGAAAGGGAUUUGGUUUCUUUAGGACUGGUGUCUGGAGUGUGCAGCAUGGGCUCUUUGAAGCAGCUGGUUUUACUGUUGAACAAAGACUGGAGCGUGUUAGAGUUCAUCUGGACUAUGACAGUGGAACGGUGUCGUUCUCUGAUACUGUCACUAACACACAUAUACAUAAAUUCACAACCACCUUCACUGACACUGUCUUUCCAUUCUUCUGUUGUUAUGGAACUUUUCCUCUGAGGAUCUUACCAUUCAAUAGUUUGUCAAUGUUACUACACUUGUAAGUUUGUAUGUUCACUGGUUGUGAUGAAUGGGUCAAUAUUUAUAGUCAAAAAUAUAAAAUAAAGCAAAAACUAAGAACUGUAAUAACCUUGCCCUGCAAUAUAAAAAACUGUACCAGCUGCAGCUUCAUGUUCAACUAGCAACACUGUAAUAUUACUUUUGGACAUUUAUUUGAUACUUUAGGUGGGUGUGCUUCCUGGCCAAGUUUGCUUUUGCUCUAAGGGUCUUUUUCAUAAUGCCGGAAUUGUUUUUUUGUUUUUUUGUUUUUUUUUUAAACCCUG